AUGCAAGUAAUGAAGAAAUUAGCUUAGGAAUAUAAACCAAAGAAAGAAGAAAUAGUUGAACCAAUUCCAAUAUCUAAAGAUAAAAAUAAUAAAAUAUAAAUUAAAGAAAAAAAGGAUCAAUCUUAGAGUGUGAGUAAGAAAUAAGAGAAAUCUCAGUUUUAAUAAUUAUAAUUAUAAUAAUCAAGAUAGAAAUCAAGACAAAAAUAAUAACCUAAAUCAGAAGGAAAUUUGGUUUAUUGUGAUGUUUUUUAUCUUGCUAGUUUUGAAGAUGACAUAAAAAAAUAGAAUUCUAAUGAAUUGAUAACAAAAUUAAAAGCUUUCAUAUAUCAUGAGAAAAAUAGAGAUAACAACUAAAAUUCAUGAUCUUGUAUUUGAUUAAGGAAAAAAAGAGGAGAAACCAUAAAAUAUAGCUAAGAAAGGCGAUAAACCACCUGAACCAGAAGAACCAAAAGUUGAAAUUAUUGAUUUCAAGCAUAUAUAAAAGGAUAGAGAUGAUUUAUCUGAGAAAGCUAGACCUAAUGUUAUUUCUAGAUCUAUAUUAAAUGUAAAUCAAUGA